UCAAAAACCUUCUUUCCAUUUCUCACAAAACCUCUACCUCUUCUCUCCUUCUUUUGCUUCUCUGCUCCCUUUGAUUAUUUUGCCUCUCUUCGCUUCUCCUCUCUGUACAAUCUCUGCUUCUACUCACCGCUGAGGCAGAGGAGUUUUCUCUCAGGCUUUUGGUUGGAGAAGAAUUUGUUUUCAAUUCAGCUGAUAUGGAAAUAGGAGUAAAUUGAAGUGACAAUGUCGAAUACGGCUGGUGAGAAGUCUGGUUCGGAAGCUGAAAGUGUGGUUCGGCUGAAGGAGGUGUAUUCGUUUGAGAAUGAUGCUUUGCCGAAGGUGAGGAAGCCUUAUACCAUUACCAAACAGAGAGAAAAAUGGACGGAGGAAGAGCAUCAGAGGUUUCUUGAAGCUUUGAAAUUGUAUGGGCGGGGUUGGCGUCAAAUUGAAGAACAUGUAGGUACUAAAACAGCUGUCCAAAUCCGAAGCCAUGCUCAAAAGUUCUUCUCUAAGGUGGUCCGGGAGUCGAAUGGUGGCGCUGAGAGCUCCAUUAAGCCAAUUGAGAUACCUCCUCCUCGGCCUAAGAGGAAACCAAUGCAUCCUUAUCCUCGUAAAUCCACGGAUUUACUCCAAGGAACACCAGUUUCAAAUCAACCAGAAAGGUCUCCAUCCACAAAUGUAUCGGUUUUGGACAAGGAUAAUCAAUCUCCCACCUCGGUUUUAUCUCCAUUCGCUUCUGAUACAUUGGGAUCUGCAGUCUCUGAUCAACAAAAUGGAUGUUCCUCACCUACUUCUUGUACCACUGAGAUGCAGUCAACCAAUGUUUUAACUGCCGAAAAAGAGAAUGAAUACGUGACAUCCAACUCUUCUCCUGAAGAAGAGAAAGUUUCUAUUUCAUCAGCCUGUCCAAACAGGGGCGAUUUUUUGUCUGUGAAAAUUGAACCUCAUUCCAAGGAGUCUGUCUACAUCAAAGGAGAUGCCGUAUUGGCACCACCUUGUGCAACUAUUAAGCUUUUUGGGAAGACAGUUUUGGUAACAGGUUCUCAUAAACCAUAUCCAUCAGACACGGAGUGUUACGAGUCACCGAUAACCAAGAGCAGUCAAGAGAAUCUGAACAUUGAUAAUGUAAAUUCAAUAAACUUAUUCUCGUCUAAGAAAUUGGAGACACAUUUAUCGCUUGGAAUGGUUAGUGGUAACUUGAAGCCUUCCGCGUCAGAAGCUCCUUGUAUGGAGACACAGAAGGAGAAUGGCAUUGCGGAAAGCAGCCCCAAUGCGUCUCUGCCAUGUUGGCCUACUAUGUAUCAAGGACUACCCUUUUUUUAUGUCAUGUCAGAUAACCAAAAUUCAGUUGCAGCACUAGUAGAAUCGAAUGUGAAAGACAUGGAGAAGGAAAUGUUGCAUGAAAGAUCUUGUACUGGAUCAAGUACUGGUUCAGUUAGUGAAUUGGAAAAUAGGGAGAGAAACUCAGAUGCUGCUGUUGAUUCUCAUUGUCGACAAUCUUGUUCUCCAGUACAAGCCAGCCCCUGCAACUCCAGAAAGGGGUUUGUACCAUACAAAAGAUGUUUUCUGGAAGAAGAUAUGAAAUCAUCCAUUGUGGUUUCAGAAGAGCGCGAGAGGCAAAGAGCUCGAGUAUGCUCAUAGUACUCGGCAAUAAUCCCCUAACCUACUUGCAAGAAUCUUGAGCUGAUUUAGGUACCACUCACUACGAUUUUAUGUUCCGGGGAUUUUUUAUGCGAAGAAUUCGCAUAGUUUUUGAUUAAAUUCGUAAGUUUUUUUGAGCUUGCGAAAAUCGACUUAGUUCUUUCCACGAGAAAAAUACUGAAGAAGUAGAGAAGCAGCAGCUAAUGCCACCAUUUGUCAAUAGCUCCACAAAUUGAUGACCAUAAUGCAAGAGGUCAAUUACAUCUUCAGCAUUUCAACAUGAAACUGUAGUUUGGCUCUUUUUUUUUUUUUUUUAUUAGGCCUCAUAAUUGUUCCAUAUUUAUUUUUUACUGUGUAUGUUUCAUGACUCUUCUUUCUUAAAUCAUAAUUUUUCGAAGUCAGCAAAAUGUGACUUCGUUUCAAUGUAAAAUUUCUUCUUUCUUCUGUCCCCUUAACCCCCUUUCUUCAUUUGGAGUUUACAAG